CAAACUCGCGCCACGGAAAUGAAAUAACAACAACCGGAAAUAAAAAAUAAAACAUUUGAAAUAAACAGUGGAUAGUCGCAUCGCAGCAUCGAUUAUCAUGAAAUUCACACCCUUUUCGAAUUUCUUUAAUCAGGAAUGGAAGCAGAUCUUCGCAAUCUUAACAGCUGCACUUGUGUCAUUAAAUACGGCGCUACUAUUUGCAUGGCCUUCUCCGUCUAUACCAAUUUUAGUAUCUGACGAAUAUCCAGGUAAUAUAACUAUGGAACAAGCCUCGUAUAUAACAGUGAUACCGUCUAUUUCAUCGAGCAUCUCCAGCCCAAUUUAUCCAUUCCUCAUGGAUCGAUUGGGGCGUAAAAUGACCCUGCUAUCAGUGGCCGUUCCGCAGUUAAUUUCUUGGCUACUUGUUGCACAAACAACCAAUAUCUACGUUAUAUACGUCUCGCGUUUUCUGAGCGGAUUUUCUCAUAGUUCCGUAUAUGCUACUCUCCCUGUCUACAUCGGAGAAGUCGCCUCCCCUGAAGUUCGUGGAUUAUGGGGCAACGCCAUGUCGUGUUGCGCCUACCUAGGAUUAUGUCUGAUGAACAUAAUAGGAGCGUACUUUAGUAUACCUACAACUGCAUACAUUUUUGCAACUCUUCCCGUGUUAUUCUUCAUUUGCUUCGUGUUUAUGCCAGAGACGCCCUAUUAUUACAUCAUGCGCAACGAAUUGGAGAAGGCCAAAAUAAGCUUGAACAAACUAAGAAGAAACAAGAAUGUGGAAAAGGAAUUUUUGGAGAUCAAGGAAGCCGUGGAUCGACAAGUGGGAGAAUCUGGAAGUAUAUUGGAUCUGUUUAGAGUUCGGAGUAAUCUGAAAGGUCUGCUCGUGGCUAUCGCUGUGCGUGGAGCUCAGCAAUUCGCUGGAAUUUCUGCAUUUGCAGUUUACGCCCCUUAUCUCUUCUUGGAAGCAGGCAGUAAAAUAUCUGCCAAUACAUCUGCAAUUAUCUUCUCAUCUGCAUUAACCGUAUGUGCCUGCUCUGGCUCCUAUUUCUUGGAUAAACUUGGCAGGCGAUGGUCAAUGAUUAUAUCCUGCGCUGGUUGUGGUCUUAUCCUAAUCUCAGAGAGCUUCUACUUCUACUUCAAAGAUAUGCUGACCGAGCAAGGCGUGAGUCUUCCCUACUUUCCAAUAGUUGGGAUGCUCAUCUACGUACCUAUUUACUCCCUAGGUUUGGGAAUCAUUCCAAAUUUAACACUUGGUGAGCUAUUCUCGUCCAACAUCAAGGGUAAGGCCCUGUGCGUGCUCAACAUAUGCUUUGCUAUUUACUCGAGUUUAUCCACAAAAGUAUUCCAGCUCCUUUACUCCAAUUACGGUAUGCAUGCACCUUUCCUGCUCUUUGCGUGUUGCUGUUUAUUCAGCACCAUUUUUGCUGUUUUCUGCAUGCCCGAAACAAGCGGGAAAACGCUCGAACAGAUCCAACAAGAUUUGAAAGGUAAACCCAAAGAAACAAUCACAAGAUUUUAGUAUAAAUUCGCUUUGAUACAAAGUACAUAGUUAUAUGCAAUUAUUGUUAAAUUAUAAAUAUACACAUUCUUCAU